GCAGUGUGGCAGAACCCCUACCUGAACGUGUUCAAGCACUUCCGCGUGGAGGAGUGGAGGCGCUCGGCCAAGGAAGGCGACGUGACGACGUUCAUGGACAAGACCCUGAAAGGAACRGUGUAUCGGAUCCGGGGCUCCAUUCCUGCCAGUAACUACAUCCAGCUCCCAAAGACCAGCACGCAGUCGCUGGGCCUCGUUGGGCGCUACCUCUACCUGCUCUUCAGGCCUCUGCCCAACAAAUACUUCGUCGUGCAUCUGGAUGUCUCCACAGAGGAUAACCAGGUGGUUCGCAUCUCUUUCUCCAACCUAUUUAAGGAGUUCAAAUCCACAGCCACAUGGCUUCAGUUCCCUUUCAUCUGUGGAGCAGCCAAAGGGCCAGUUUAUGAGAGCACAGCCAAGACUUCCAAGCAAGAUCUAGUGGGAGCAGCCCCUGCCAACGUGCGCUGGACCUGUCUGAUGCUCGAUCUCCAGUACAUCCUCUCCAUGUACCUCAACCGUCGUUACAGCCAUCUGAAGAGUGUCAAGCUCUGCUCCAACCUCCUGGUGAAGAAUCUCUGCACGAGUGACUUGCUCUUUGACCCAGGUGUGACCUUCUCUGAAGCCCGACAGAGCAACCUGGCCUGCCAUGGUGUAUCUCCCAUGCCACGAGAAAUGGCAUUCCCUGUGCCAAAGGGAGAGAAAUGGCACGACCGCUAUGACUAUAUCAGGUUUCCAUCUGAUGGGUCCAAGCUGCCAUACGACUCAAUCCAAAAGAGCUGUUCCAGCCCUGCAGCAGGUAGGGAAGCUGGGGGAGGGUUACAGACACCAUCCCUCUCCCUUUGUGCUGCAGGUGGCCAUGUUUUGGAAGACGCAGUCCACGAGCUGCCCCAACUGGUAACGCUCACCAAAGCAGUCCGUGAUCGUCUGUCCCUCGUUCAGCAGAUAACCAGCCCCAAAGCUAUGCCACGUCGGUGUCCUCUAAUUACAAAAAGCAUUCCCGAGGUUCACCUAACAGCCCCAGGGCCUUUGGAAGUCCUGCGUGCUGGCGAGCAGGAGGCGAACAAGAAAGGGAAGCUCCAAGGUGCUGGCGACUCUGCUGGGCGCUCGCCAGCAGUCCCUGAUGGAGGGAUUCACGUGUACGCCCACAAGACGAGCGAACGAUCCAUCCGUGCCCUCAACACAAGCUUGGAGGAGAGUAUAUACACGAAGGUCACUGGACCAGAUGUGCUGUCUAGCAGGAGGGCCUCUCGCUGCAGGAGGCUUUUACCAGAUCCAAUCCUGAAGCUGAAGAUGAUUAUUGGCUUUGGAGGCUGCAGCACCAAAUGGGCGCUGUGGACUCACAACAACUCUGCAGUGGUCUACCCCUGCCAUGCAGUUAUAGUGACCAUGCAGAUUCAGACCGGAGAGCAGAGGUUUUUCAUCGGACACACAGAUAAGGUGUCAGCGCUGGCCUUCAAUGGAAACAGCACCUUGCUGGCUUCUGCACAGACCGGCCCCUUGAGCGUGGCUCGCCUCUGGGAAUUCCCCAAGGGGAGCUGCCUGGCGGUGUUCAAAACCCACGUGCGGUCACUCACGUCCCUGAGCUUCUCCUACAGUGGAGCAGUUCUUUGUGGCAUUGGAAAGGAUGGACAUGGCAAAACGGUGGUCGUGGUGUGGAACACAGCUCAGGUGACCGGUGGCGGAGAGGUAGUUGUGCUGGCCAAAGCACACACAGAUGUGGACAUCCAGACUUUGAAGAUUGCUUUUUUUGAUGAUACCAGGAUGGUGUCGUGUGGCAGGGACAACGUGCGGCUGUGGCGGCUGCGGAGCGGAGCGCUGCGCUCGUGCCCCGUGAACCUGGGCGAGUACCAUUCCCUGGAGUUCACCGACCUGGCCUUCGAGGAGGGGCAGUCGGCAGAGCGGGAGCCGGACGACCGCACGCUGUUUGUCUGCAGCAAGAGCGGCCACAUUCUGGACGUGGACUACAAGAACGUCUGCAUCAGGAGCGCCCGGCGGCUCCUGCCUUCCCAGCCCCAGCACUGUCACCAGCCAGAAAAGCCAGGCUGCAGCGCAGGCCCUGGGAUCGCUAUCAACAGUAUUAGCAUCUCCUCAACCUUUUGUGCCACGGGCUCAGAAGAUGGUUAUCUGCGACUGUGGCCGCUGGACUUCUCUACUGUCAUGUUGGAGGCAGAGCAUGAGGCUCCAGUGAGUUCUGUCUGCAUCAGCCCAGACACCCUCAAAGUUUUGUGCACAACCACCACCGGGAACCUGGGCUACCUGGAUAUAGAGUCCCGAGACUAUAACACCCUCAUGCGCUCUCACACGGACACAAUUUUGGCAUUUUCUGUGGAGGGAAUUCGGAAGCAGAUGGCAACAGUCUCUCAGGAUAACACCAUCCGAGUCUGGGACCUUGUGACCAUGCAGCAGCUGUAUGACUUCACAGCUGCAGACGAACUGCCGUGUGCUGUGGCCUUUCACCCUGCCCAGCAGAUCCUCGCCUGUGGCUUCGACAGCGGGAUCGUGCGAACCUUCAGCUUGGCUGCUUCCAAUCUCCUAGUGGAACACAAGCAGCACCGUGCUGCUGUUACUGGUCUGACCUUCUCUCCAGAUGGCAAUUUCAUGUUCAGUUCUUGUUCACAAGGAACUCUGGCUCUCUACAACUCUGCGGUGCAGAAAAGCCCUGUCCUCAGAGUCCUGGGUAAUGUGGUGGUCCGGGAGGCUGGGAGCAGUCCUGGUGCUUUGGCUGUUAGUGAGGACAGCCGUCUCCUGGCCUUUGUGGGCCCCUCCAAGUUCAUCGUGACCGUGAUGGAGGCCUGCUCUCUAGAUGAGCUGCUAAAGGUGGACAUCAGCAUCUUUGAUUCGAACAGCACAGCCCUGGGUUCAGCAGUGAGGAUCUGCUUUGUUCCUGUGCCCCAGGGCCACCUCCUGGUAUCCACGUCCUCCAAUAAAAUCCUUGUGCUUGAUGCAAAAACUGGGCGACUGGUGCGAGAGGUGCCUCCUGUGCACAAGCUGUCCUGCUCUUCCUUGUCGCUAAGCAAGGAUGCCAAGUACCUGCUCACUGCUGGGGACAAGGUUGUCAAAGUGUGGGACUACCAGAUGCGCUUUGAUAUCAACUUCCAGGUGUACAUUGGCCACUCGGAGCCAGUGCGACACGCUGCCUUCACCCCAGACCAAGAGCAUGUUGUCAGCGUGGGAGAUGCCAUCUUCCUGUGGGAUUUCCUAGCCCCGUCUGCAGAAGAGUCACCRCCAGCUGCGUGAGUGCCCCAUGCUGGGCAGUGCUUUCCCCUCUUUUCUUUCACAGAAAGGAGCUCUGAGAAGCUCAAGGAUGCCACUGAGAUUCCUCGGCAGAYUGCUCCUCUUCCACUGUUGCCCUCGCCACCAUGUCUGGGUGUUGGUUCUGUCCACCAAGUGGGAUGUCGUGGUAUUUUCUCUGAGUCAGAUGAAGAGGAAGAAACAAAUCUCCCAAGCAGCAGCCAAACGGUGGCGGACGGAGACAAAGACUCCUCAGUCCUUGUGGAGUCAUUGAGGAGUGAGGAGCCUUUUGUCGUGAGGCCCAAAGUGAGACAGGAGAGCUCAAGGUCUCCCCCUCACUCUGGAAACGCAUCCAGAAAGGAGACCAAAGGUCCUAAAUCCCAGUGCUCCGYCCGCCCAGAUUCCUACCGGCAUUUUACUCCUCGCUUUAAGGCAUCAGUGCUCCCCCAGAGUUUCUCAUCUCCUCCAGCUGGCCAUGAGGUCUUGAAGCUAAAAGCAGUGAUUGGCUACAAUGGAAACGGCAGAGGGAAUAUGGUGUGGAACCCAGACACAGGCUUCUUUGCCUACACCUGUGGUUGCAUCGUUGUGGUUGAAGAUUUGCACUCAGGGUCGCAGAACCACUGGCUUGGCCAUGCUGAGGAGAUCUCUACACUGGCCGUCAGCCACGAUGCCCAGGCUCUUGCCUCUGCUUCGGGACGGAGGAAUGGAGACUCGCACUGUCAGAUCUGCAUCUGGAACGUCCCGGAUGGGGUUUGCACAAGACGCCUCUUCCAUCAUGAGACACAAGUGCAAGCCAUGGCAUACUCUUGGGAUGACAGAUUCCUCAUUACGUUAGGUGACUACAGUGAUCAAACUAUUGCUCUGUGGAGUACGUACACUUACGAACUCCUAUCAUCGACUCGCAUCUCGGAGCCAGUCCAUGACGUGGCUUUUAGUCCUUUUGCACACGGAGAAUUGGCCUGUGUGGGAAGGGGAGCAGUGACAUUUUGGGCGUUGGAGCAGCAGGGAACUGACUUCAACCUCAAGGUUCACGAGGCCCCUGUCCCUGAUAUAUUAGGAGUGGUGGAACUGACCUCACUGUGCUACGGUACCGACCCUCUUCUUUAUAGUGGCACCAACACUGGCCAGAUCUGCGUGUGGGACACAGAGACUAAUCGCUGCUUCAUGACAUGGGAGGCUGAUGAAGGCGAGAUCGGCGUGCUGCUCUGCCGGCACCAGCGGCUGGCCAGCGGCAGCAACACCAAACGCAUCCGGCUGUGGGCAGUGGCAGCCGUGGAGGAGCUGAGGCUGAAAGGCUCCRACGCCAGGUCUAGCUCUGUCCUGCUGGAACAUGAGAUGACCCUCGAUGGGACAAUAGUCAGCGCAGCCUUCGACGACUCCCUGGAGAUGGGAAUUGUGGGCACCACCACAGGAACGCUGUGGUACAUCAACUGGACAGAGAGCACGAGCAUCCGGCUCAUCAGCGGCCACAAGAACAAGGUGAACGAAGUGUCCUUCAGUCCUGAUGAGACUCAUUGUGCCACGUGUGGUGAGGAUGGCAGCGUGAGGAUUUGGUCGCUGGGCAGCAUGGAGCUGGUGGUGCAGUUUCAGGUGCUGAACCAGAGCUGCCAGUGCCUGGCCUGGAAGCCUCAGCCCAUCGGCACCAGGCUCACUGGGAGCCAGCACGUGGUAGCAGGGUACAGCGAUGGCACCAUCCGCGUGUUCAGCAUUUCCAGGACAGAGAUGGAGCUGAAAAUGCACCCGCAUGCUGUGGCGCUGACAGCAGUUGCCUACUCCACGGACGGAGAAAUCGUUUUGUCAGGGGGCAAGGAUGGACUCGUGGCUGUGAGCAACCCUCGCACGGGAAUGACUGUUCGCAUCCUCGCUGACCACAAAGGCUCCCCCAUCACCGUCAUCCAGUGCACGAGGAAGCAGUACUAUGACUUUGGGGUGGAAGGCAGCGAACUGUGGCUGGCCACGAGCUCAGACCGGCGGGUCAGCAUCUGGGCCUCCGACUGGCUGAAGAACAAAUGUGAGCUCCUGGACUGGCUCAGCUUCCCUGCUCCUGCAGUCCCUGAGGGUCUCAGCAGCCUCCCUCCCAGCCUGGCAGCAUUCUGCCCUUGGGAACACGGCACUCUGGUCUACGUCGGCUUUGGGAUGCAGAAGGAAGCCUUGUUUUACAGUCUGCACAAGAAGCAGGUGGUCGAGAGGAUCCCCUUGCCCUACUUCGCCGUGUCACUGAGCCUGUGUCCCACCGCGCGCCUGCUGGCCCUUGGCUUUGGUGAGCGGCUCGUGCGGCUGCAGCGCGGCGCGGCGGGGCCGCCGCACGACCACGCCGCGCACCACGACGCCGUGCACCUGUGCCGCUUCACGCCCUCGGGCCGCCGCCUCUUCACGGCCGCCUACAACGAGCUGCUCGUGUGGGAGAGGACGGGGCGCUGA